AUGGCAGACCCGAAAUUCAAAGUCAUCAUUGCAGGCGGCAGUAUAGCCGGGCUGGUACUGGCCAACAUGCUGGAGCAGCUCGGCAUCGACUUUCUCGUUCUCGAAGCAUACCCAGAGAUUGCACCGCAGGUGGGAGCCAGCAUUGGCUUCUUCCCCAACGGUUGCCGUGUCUUGGAUCAGAUCGGGUGCUUUGACGGAAUCCGGGCGAAACUCGACAUCAAGAUGACGGAGAUGUACAUCAAGUCACCCGAAGGAAAGGUUCUUGGCGAGACUCACGAUGCCUCGAAGCACUUUAUUGCAAGGCAUGGCUACGAUCCGGUGUUCAUCGACCGUCAGAUGGCCAUCCAAGUCUUCUACGACCACCUCCAGAACAAGUCCAAGGUCCUUACGGAUAAGCGAGUGGCCAGCGUCAAGCAACUGAAAGACGGGAUCGAAGUCACAACCAAAGACGGGUCGACAUACACGGGGGACAUCUUGGUCGGUGCCGAUGGAGUGCACAGUACGGUCAGAAAAGAAAUGUGGCGGCUAGCGGAUGAGCUGUCGCCUGGCUACAUCCCCAAGUCAGACCAGACAGAUGUGACGUGCGACUACACGUGCAUGUUCGGCAUUUCGCACCCGGUCGAGGGAUUCGAGAAAGAGUCGUCGCACAUGAUCACCAACCACGGGCGCAGCUACCUCGUGGUUGACGGACCGGGCGGGCGCAUAUACUGGUUUCUCUUCUUGAAGAACGAGCGCACGCUCCGCAACAUGGAGGGCGAGAUCCCGCGGCGCUUCAGCAAGCAGGAGGAGAAGGCGCUGGCGGAAAAGUGCUGGGACGACGUCAUCAUGGAAGGGGUCAAGUUCGGCGACCUCUACAAGAGCCAAAUGUCGGCCGUCCUGACGGCUCUGCCCGAGUUCGUGUGCACCAAGUGGCACUUUGGCCGCAUUUUCCUCGCCGGCGACUCAGUUCACAAGUUCAACCCCAUCUCGGGCCAAGGCGGCAACUCGGCCAUCGAAACGGCUGCCGCCCUCGCCACUGAGAUCAUCACCAUGCUGAAAUCCACCCCGUCCAAGACCGCCCCCACCGACGCUGCCAUUACUGCCGCUUUCCAGAGGGCGCAGGACGCGCGGCACGCUCGGGUGUCGGCGCUCGUCGAAGCCGGGCACAAGCAACAGGCCUUCAUGGCGUUCGAGACGCCGCUGCACGAGUUCAUCGCGCGGCAGGUGGUCCCGCGGUCUCCCCCGGAAGGCUCACUCGCCAUGUUCGCGCAGUCGGCUACGGGGGCGGCGCGGCUGCCCAUGCUGCCGAUGCCGCGGCGGCCACGGUUCGAGCCGUACGACGACGAGCUGCCGGCUCAGCCGCUGGGGGCCGCGGUGCAGGCCGUGAGCUGGAAGGUUGGCGCGGCCGUGUUCGCGGGGCUGCUGGCGGUGGCGAAGAUGGGGAUGCGCAUCGACUUCGACCUGGCACCGACUGAGACGUUCCUGAACGGCGCCGAGCUGCGCAAGCGGUACACGGGCAUCGGGCCGGUCGACGGCAUGCUCGCGCUGCUGUCGGCGUGCUUCGGGGACUCGGUGUACGGCGAGGAUCCGUCUCAUCCGGCCCAGUUCGCCUACCUGCUGGCGCUGCUCUUCCCGGUGCUGAUCAUCUGGACCGUCGAGGGAUACCGUGCUGCGAACCGCAUGAAUAUCCUCGGGCUGCCAGUGCUGUUUGGAAUUGCCUAUCAGCUCCAGGGCAUCGGUGCCAUCGCGCCGCUGUACUUCCUGCUGUCGACCUACCUCACUUCCUCUUCGACGCACACCCGCGCCAUCGGUCGCCCUGUCCCGCUUGCCGCCGCCCGCGCUGUCCUCCCGGCCACUAUCUUUGGCUUUGCCGUCCCUUCUAUUUUGAUGUUCCUGCCCUACGCCAACCCGCACACGCACCAGGGCGCCAUCGCCUUCUGGCAGUUCGUCCCCGUCUGGGUGGCCUUGCUCACCAACCUCGGGAAGCGCGCCCUCGAAGCCGUCAAGCCCCAGGGCCCCUUCGAUGUCUACGAGAAACGUGACGUGCCAGUGCUGCAGGACGCCUACAAGGUCGCCUUCUGGCUGUCCGCUCUGAUGCACGUCGCCUUCUCUGCCUUCGUCGCCCUGACGAGCCUGCCAACUGUCACCUUUGCGAACAUGUUCACUGACAUUCCGAACCCCUUGAAGCCGUGGAGCGCCCCGAACUGGGAGGAGCAUCUGUUUAUUUUCGUCAAGUACGACUUUGCCUUCUCGACCCUCGCCAUUCUGCUGUGGGAGCUGUACACCGUGUGGGAGCUACGCCGCUCGGGAUUCGCCACUACCAAGAACGCUGUCGCCGCCGCCGUGGCCGUGCUUGUUGGACAGGUGCUGGUUGGACCUGGAGCCGUGUAUGCCGGAUUGUGGUGGUGGAGGGAGGGUCAGUUGUCAGGGGAGGCGAGGUUGGAGGGCAGGCCGGACGAUGUGAAGGCGCACUGA